GGUGAACGCGCAGCGCUACUCUGGCCGAUGUGGGUGACGGAGCUGUCCACUGCUGCUCGUGACUUCACCUGACUUUAAUAUCUGACAUCUAAAUGUUUUCUUCUGGAUCUAUAAUCGGCCAUUGAUCAUUGAUCUUCUAACAUUGCUGUCGGUAUGCGUCCAUAAAGGUGUGUGUGAGAUUGCAGCACGUACUUGGUCGAGGCAGGGAUGUGGGACCCCCAGCCCCCGUCUAAACAUGCCUCGUCCCUCUCGCCGCGACCCCCCUCCAAUUUACGCCCUGCCCAUGUGAUCGCAGCCCCCCCAGCCAAGCGGAUCACCUUCUACAAAAGCGGCGACAGCCAGUUCGGGGGCGUCAAGAUGGCCAUCCAAAAGCGCAGCUUCAAAUGUUUCGACACCCUGCUGGACGACCUUUCCCAAAAGGUGCCCUUGCCAUUUGGCGUGCGGACUGUGACCACUCCCCGCGGCAUCCAUGCCAUCAAACACCUGGAGCAGCUCCAGGACGGUGGCUGCUACCUCUGCUCUGACCGGCGCCAGGCUAAGCCAGUCAACAUGGAGCUGGCCGGCAAACGCCCGACCAUCUGGUACCAUCACAGCCGGAGGCCCCAGCAGCCCGAAUCCUCGUCCGCAACACCGCCUGGCCAUCAGUCUCACAGGCAGCGGCGGAUCCUGCUGGUGAAGAACAGCGAGCCGGGGAUGAGGAGGAGCGUGGUCCUGAGCAGGAGGUCAACCAGGAGCCUGAAGUCCUUUCUUGAUGAGGUGUCAGAGGUGAUGCAGUUUCAUGUCCGCAAGCUCUACACUGCUGAGGGACGAAGGAUUGACAGCGUACAAAACCUGAUGACUUGUCCCAGUACGUUGGUGUGUGUUGGCCGGGAAGCCUUCAGCCCACUGUUGGUAAACUUUAUCAGGAAGAGCUCAGAGGAAAAACUGCCUGGUCUGGGCAGCAGGGGGCCUGCUCUUGGAACCAGGACUCCUGGAAAUGGGGCCAGAUCUCCUGCUACUCAAGGAGCAAGAUCCCCACCUCGUGGAGCUCAGUCCAGAGCCAGCGAAUACAGCGAAGGCCAUGAAAGCAGGAAAAACGUUAACUUUGGUCUGGAAACCAAAAAAAGCAUAAUUCAUCCUCGUUCAGAUUCCUCAAACCGCUCCACCCGUUUCUCCUUGUCUUCAGAGAAGUCAUACAGCAAUGGUGUCAGCGCCUACUCCCAGGCCAGACCAGCUAUUAUGAACGACGACAUUGAAAAGCGUGUCCUGGUCAAUAAAGACGGCAGCCUGUCAGUUGAGAUGAGGGUGCGUUUCCGCCUACACAAUGACGAGACCCUGCAGUGGUCUACACAAGUCAAGAAAUCCCCAUCUCUGACUAAUGAAUGUUGCCCCGUGAGCCAUGCCCAGCCCCAUUACCUGCAGCAGGGCCAAUCAGAGAGCUACUCUGAUCCUGAUUCCACAUCCUUUGACCCAGAGGGUGUGGAUUAUUCUAACCAACCUGUGCAGCAUGUGUUGGAGGCGAACCAAUGCCCCUGCUGUUACCAGAGACAGGAACAGAAAUACGACUUAUGGGAAAACCCAGCACACAGCCAAAAACAGCAUCCUGUCCCUCCCCCACAUCCACCCAGCCAUGCCCACACUCUGCUGAGACAUACACACUCUUCUAGCUCUUCCUCGUCAUGUAAUUCCAGGAGGGUGGUGCGCUGUCGAGCACGAGUCACGAACUGUGGAGCCAGUUCAAAGCAGAGCCAACUUGUCCAGGAGGAGAUGUUUGUGACGGAGCAGGUCGAGCGCAGAGUAGAGCUGGAGCAGGAUGGCGAUACCCAUGUCGAGGUGUGCAGGAUGAGCCAAUGCUGCAGCCGCAGUGAAGUAGUUGCCAUUGAUAGCAACCCACAACCACUUAGCAGGAAGUCAGUAGAGGAUGAGCUAAUGAUGGAGGAAGAAGGUGAGCGUCCGCUGUCUGCAAUUAGUAGCUCCUCACAUAUCCUUCAAUCACUGCAAGAGGACCAGGAUGAUGACCUGCCACCCAGCGUCUCGCAAUGCUGUCAUAGCAACGAACCUUCUCCUUCCCCAACUUCCCAGACUCACCUGAGCGACAAAACAACAAGCAGCGUCACGGCUGGUUCUGUCCACUCUACAGAACACGAGAAGCAAGAGGAAGAGAGAGGAAGCAGAGCAGAAUCUGUAGCCUCUUCCUGUCACUGUGGAGCAGCCACCCCACAUUCAACAGCCGAAGCAGAGGAGAUGGAUCGAGCUCCCAGCUCCAAGCCCAAAACGACCAGAGCCUCAAGCAGGUCCAGCAAAGUCCGGAUCCCAAACUCAGAAGAAGAGGGGGCUGCAGAUGAUGAGGAUGAAGAUGUAAAGAGGGUUGUUAGUGGCUUGUCUGGUCAUACAGGAUGUUCUCUGCAGUCAAGGGGAUCCAAUGUAUGUUCCAAUUGUGGCGGAUGCAAACGUGGGGUCAACUCUGAAUCCAAUAGCAGAGCAUCACAGAGGUCCAAGCAUUCCCAGCGAGCCUCUCCAAAGCAGGCCACACCUCUUUCCAGCCAAGAGAAUGCAAAUAAUGGCAGUGAUGAUGAUGGCUCAGAAGGUUCAGCUGGGUCCACACAAUCCAACAAGACCAACCUCACCAACAAUGGCCGCUGCUCUGCAAUAUCAAACAUCCUGGAGGACAGAGCAUCUAGUGCCAUGUCCAGAAUGUCCAAUCCUGAGGAAGCAGGAAAAGAGGAAGAAAGGGCUCUGAGUGCCACCUCAGCCACAAGCCACAGGUCCAAUAAAUCACACAAGUCUGGCUAUAAUGGCAGCCCUUGUGGUACAGCACAAAAAGAGGAGGAGAGAAGCCCCAGUGCCAUGUCGGCUCAGUCCAACAUGUCUGCCAAGUCCAGCAAGUCACACAAGUCCAACGGCAGCUGCACCGCUGACGCUCCUGACAUAAAGACAACAGAGGAGGCAGAAGAAGAGAACACUGGAGAAAGAGCACUUAGCUCCUUGUCAGCCAAAUCUGGUGCCUCGGCGGAGACCAGUGCUUCAGUCAAGAAAGGAACUAAGGUUGCCUCACCAACUGACAAUACAGCUGUGGAGGAGAAUGACACAAACAAAAGAACUCCCAGUGCCCUAUCUGAUAAGCCUGGCGAAGCAGAAAGACCAGAUAGUGUCAUGUCUGCUAAAUCAGCUAAAUCUAAUGUGUCAGCAAAGUCCGGCACAUCUCACAGGUCUAAUUGCAGUCACUGUGCAAGAGCAGCAUCUCAAGCUGAUGUACCCGUUAUCGAAGCAACAGAACAGGAAGAAGAAACGGAGUCAGAGGAGAGAGCAGCGAGUGCAAUGUCAGACAAAUCAAAUCUUUCUGCCAAGUCUAAUAAAUCCCAUAAGUCCAUCAAAGCUGCCGAAAUGUCACUUUCUCCUGGAGAAGAUGGAGAAGAUGGAGAAGAUGGAGAAGAUGGGGAAGAAAGGGCAGCGAGUCAAGUGUCAGGCAGAUUAGUCAAAUCUAACACGUCUAACUCUAAUGACAAUGAAACCGCUGCAUCUCCAAGCUCCAAGGAAAAAGAAAAUGAGCUGGGAGAAGAUGAACAGCAGAGGCCUGAAAGUGUAAUAUCUGCUAAAUCAGCUUCUUCUGCAAAGUCUCAUCGCACAAAUUGUGACACAAGUUCAAGAGUGGCUUCUCCGGCCAAAGACACAGCAAAGACAGAGGUAGACAGCAUGGAGGACAGAACCCCCAGCGCCAUGUCUAGUAAAUCACACACCUCUGCAAAGUCCUCCAAGUCCCAGAAGUCAAAUCAAACCACAGCAUCUCCAAAUCCAAAUGAAGCCGAUAUGCCUUCUAUUGAGAUAAAUGGAAAAGAGGAGCAUAAUGAAAAUCGAGAGCGGGUGGCCAGUGCCAUGUCUGUCAAGUCAAAAUCUUCGAUGAGGUCCUGUACUUCUCACAAGUCUAGCAAGAAUCUCAAACUGGUGUCACCAAGUCCAAAUGUUGUCACCUUUCAAACACCAGAGGGGGUUGAUGAAGAUGGAAAUGAGACAACAGAGAGAGCACAAAGUGCUGCAUCUGCUAAAUCAGGGAAAUCAAAUGUUUCGACUUUAUCGCAGAAGUCUCAUCAUAAGAGAACAGCUGAUGUUGCUGUUGUUGAAACAGCAGAUGCAGAUGAAAACGUGGAAGACAAUUCAACAAAAAGUAAAUCUCACGGACAAACGCUCUUACCCAGGAGGUCAUGUUCCCCACUGGCCCACUCACCCAAAGCUGCAUCCCCCAGCAGAUCUGGCAAAUCAAAAUGUGGCUGUGGAGCAGCUUCAGCACUUGAAAAGUCAAAGGAAGAAAAAGAGGGGGAGAAAAAGGAAGAUCCUGAGGAGCUUAAAAAUGAGGAGGCUUCUGAGCGGGCUGCCAGCAUCCUGUCGUCCUCAAGCAGAAGGCAGAGGAGACAAUCAGGAGGCACUGAGAAACCACUGAGUCGAAACUCAUCAGGCUCAGUCUCUCUUGGGUUGCCAGAAGACCAGGAAAUAGACGGCAGAGUGAAGACAGUAACUCCCUGUGUCCCCAAAAGCUCAGAACAGUCUGCUUUUAAGGAAGAAAGGGAGGGAACGGGGUCCAUCAUGUCUCAAAAGUCCAAGAGUAAAAGCACUCACAAUCAUCCAGCAGUCGAUAUCCCUACUAUUACAACAACAGGGGGGAGCAGGGAUAAAGGUGAAGAAGGUAGGGAGCAAACAACAGAGAGAGGAGCCAGCGCAUUGUCAGCCAAAAGCAGCAGGUCUCACAAGUCUUCUUGUAGCUGUGGCGUCAAAGUACCUCGAAUGCUUGACAGUAAGCCAAAGCACAUUAGUGCCAGCCCAACCAAAGCAGGAAAUGACCUUGAAACAGCAAGUCUGAAGUCAGCUUCGACGACAAAAGCAAGCAAAACGGACGCCAAUGACAACAGGACAUCAUCUGCAAUGUCAGCAGCAAGUGUUAAAGCUCGGAGCAAAUCCCCUGCAAGUGCCAGCGCUGAAAAUGCCAAUGUAGCUGGAGAUUCAGGAGAUGAUCACACUGUAACUCAGGCCAUCAGUAGACCAGCUAGUAAGGCCGAAGGGGAAGAAGAUAUCGCAGACAAUAAGGUGGCGAGUGUCCAAUCCAAGAGUCCCCGUAGCCUCAGGCCUGAUUCGGCAGCAUCAGCUCACUCAGGCUCAAAAAUGAAAGCCUCAAAGGAGAGUAAAUCCAGCUCCAGACCAAGCAGCAAAGUGGAGACAAGUAGUGGGAGCACUCUGCAUCACUCUACGUCUGCUGCUGACAUGCUGAAGGAAACCAUGGCUGCCGCUGCACGUCCAAACAGCCAACAGUCGAAGGCCAGUAAAACCAGUGACAAGUCCAGGAGUAAAAGGUCUCAGAGGAGCAGGAACCAGACGGAUCAGGAGGAACUGGAACUGUCACCUGCCUGUCUGCCCAACGCUUCCCCCAAUGAGGUUGUCAGUGACUGGCUGCGGAGCAUUCCCACUAACAGCUGCAUGCUCGCACUUGGUGAUGGGCUGCAUGAGGAGGAGCAGGAGAAGGUGGAGGAAGAGAAACCUGGAGAAGAGGAAGCAAACGAGGAGGGUAGUCCGGAAGUGGGGAAAGUGGAAGACGAGGAGGAGGAUGUUGAGGCUGACGAGGAAGAACAGAAAGAGGAGGAGGCUGAAUGUGAUGCAGCAGAGGAGGAGAAGAGUUCAGAUCUAGCUCCAGGUGGUGGUGAUGCAGUGGGGACUUGCCCAAAAACUCUGUUGUCGAGCGGUGACGCUCUGCCCAAGAGUUGGCAUUCUUCAGUUGCAGUGAUGAAAGUUCUUCUGAGCUCCUCUCCGGGUCGAUGUCAGAGCAUGCCUGAGGUGUCUCCAGUUUAUGGUCGUAGACUGAGCACAUCAGCCAGGGGGUUUCUGGACUGUUUGGCCCAGCUCCAGCUCAUUGAGCCUAAAGUGACCCCUGGCUUUGACCAACAGAAGGACCCCAACCAGCAGUAUGAGGACAUUAUGGCCAUCCUUCAGUCUCUCUGGCUCACUGCACCCAGGGACAUUGAGACCAAGGAGGCCAAGGAGGGCAAGGAUGUUGGCACAGAGCAGGUGACUCCACCGAGGUCGUCAUCCGGGGUGGGAAUGAGCAGUGGCUCUGGCGGAUCAGGGAAGGAGAAUGGAACUCAAGGUGGAGAUGAAACAAAUCAAAACAAAACAAAAGAGUCCUCUUUACAUGAGGAGGAGGAGGAGGAGGAUGGAGUGGAGAAGGUUGUAGAAGAGGAAGAGGAAGGAAAUGCAGAGGCAGAACACAAGGAAACUGAGGCAGAACCAGAGGAGGCAGACGUUGCAGAGGAAGAGGUACAGAGUGAAGAACAAAGUACAGUCCCUCCAAGUCUGGACAGCCCAAAAGCCACCGAGAAUCCCUCGUCAUCAGACAAGAGCUCUGCCAACAACAGCUCCAAAUCCCCCACCGAUAACGAACAAGAGACGGCGGAGGACUCAGGCAGCUCAGGCACACCCCCGACUGUCCUGCGAGCACCGUUGUCAAAACGACUAUCCCAAGACCCUGAUCCGGUGUGGGUCCUGCACCUUCUGAAGAAGCUGGAGAAACAGUUCAUGGACCACUACAUUAACGCCAUGGCGGAGUUCAAAGUUCGUUGGGACCUGGACGACAGCAUCAUGCUGGACACCAUGAUCGGCGAGCUGAGGGAAGAGGUGAGCAGACGCAUCCAGAGCAGCAUCCAGCGCGAGGUGAGGAAGAUCCAGAGUCGCGCCGGCAGAGGGGGGAGGUUGCCCCGGCCACCGCAAAGAGCGAACCUCUCCAGGGAGUCCACCGUAACAGAGAAGAGGCGUCAAAUAUUGAAGGUCAUGAAGAACCAGUCCGUAAAAACCACUGAUUGCCUGAGCGAUGGAGAGAUGACGGCUGAGUUCAGCGACCAGCGAAGCGAUGACGAGUACUGCCCCUGUGAUGCUUGUGUUCGCAAGAAAAUGGCCGCCCGGCCUCUCAAAGCUAACCCGCUUGCAGCCGAAGCACCGGUGAUGAUGGAGUUUGACCUCCUUAAGAUUCUGCAGCUGAAGAAAAGCCCAUCGCCUGCACAUGCAGUUGUGCCGCAAUGUGCAGAGGUGGAAGGUGAUAGCGAGGUAGCAGACGAGGAGGGGAGGAAUUUAGAGGUAGUGCAGGAGGAAGAGGAGGAGGAGGAAACUAAAGAGGAUAUUAAAGCUGAUGUUGUUUUAGAGGAGACGAUCCCAGAGGAAGAUGAGGAAAUGGAGAAAGAAGAAGAAGAUGGGGGUGAGGCAGGAGAUGAGGAGGAGGAAGAAGCUGAAAAGGAGGAAAGUAUUGCAGGUGUUGAGGAUCAGGAAGAGAAAGAAACAGGUGGUGAGGAAACUGGGGAAGAGGAGACAUCAGGAAAUGGAGAGGAAGAGGAUGAGGCCGGCCCAAGCGGGCCAGAAUCCAAUGCCAGUGAAGAAGAUGAAGGAAAGGAAGGAGAAGAAGGAAAGGAAGAAGAAGAAGAAGAAACAAGUGGCAAGGAAAGCGGAGAAGAUGAGAAUUCUGGGGAAUCGGAGGAUGACAGUGCUGCAAAAAAUGAAGAAUCCACGCCGCUGGAGGAGUUUGAUAAGGGGAACAUCAGUGCUUCGGCAGAGGAUGAAGAUGAAGGAGCUGAUGCUCCUGGAGAGGGGGAGUCACAUGAAGACGAAAAGGAAGGACAGAGUGAAGAGCCAGCAGGCGAGGCAUCAGAGGAGGAAAGAACCUCAUCAAAGGGCCAGGGGGUGACUGGGACCGAGGGAGAGGAAGCCGAUGCCGAAGAAUCAGACACCGACAGCAAACGUCCAAGCGACACCAGCGUGGCGGAAUCAGGGCAUGAAGGGGCCGGAGCCACAGAAGACGAGGAGGGGAAAGAGGGCGGACAAGACGGAGAUGAGCCGGAUGAUGCUGUUGAAGAAUUCAAACCAGAGGAAGAGGAGGAGGAGGAUGGAGAGGUGGACAAAAGGGAGAACGGUGCUCUCUUCCAUCAGUUCACCAGGACCUCUGUGGAGUCCCAGCCCGGCUCUUUGGAAGACAUUGGCACGGAGUCACCCCAUAAUCUUGUCAGCUCCAUAGAAGUGCCCAAAAAGGCUGCUUGUGUAUGCGGCCAGAGGAGGAGCCGCUCGCCGGCCAGGGUCAAACGGUCCAAACCCAAAGAGUGUGACGUUGAACUGAAUUGACUUUUAACUCACACGGAAACCAGACUUAUGGUCACAGACUCCCAUAAACCCUUGCUCUGUCAGUGACUCCACGGAUAGAGUUAUGUAGGUUUAAAAAAAAAUAAAUAAAAAAAAUGCAAACAGAAACUUGAACACUUGAAGCACUUUAUCACUCCAGAUCCAAUGUAGAAUAUUGAAACUUGAAACCAACACAUUAUCCUAUUUAAUUAUAUGAAUUAUAUUUGUAUAUUUUGUAAGUUAAUUGGAUGUACGAAGGGAUAUGUCUGUAUGUGUCUGAAUAAGGUAUAUUUUUGAAAUAUUUUUGACACCCCUGGGUGUAUUAUGUGAACUUGUUUUUUUGUGUAGUGGACCACUGGUUUAAUGAUUUAUUGAAUCAUAUAGCCAUUAAUAUACCAAGUACCUCAGAGAUAUUUUAUCUAUUUAUUGCCUGUUUCAAUAGUGUGACAGACCCAGUGUAUUGAUACUUGGUUCGUGAGUCAGUUUUAAUUCUUUGUCUAUUUUUUUUGGGCUCAUCUUAUUAAGUCUGUAUUCUCAGGGGUUUGGAAGGUCAUCUCCAAGCUAUUACUUAACUAGCUGCUUAAAUCUGAAAAAAAGCCCUCUGUUUUAAUCUUAUAACCUUCUGUGAUGUAAACGGAUUACCUUAAAGGAAUAGUUUGACAUUGACAUUUUGACACAUUGGAAAAUGUUUUGCUGAGCGUUAGACAAGAGGAUCAAUACCACUCGUGUCUGUAUGCUAAAAAUGAAGCUAAAGCCAAGAGAUGAUGGUUAGCUUAGCUUAGCACAAAGACUGAGAGCAGGGGGAAACAGCUAGCCUGGUGCUUGAGCUAUACUUUUAAUUUACUUUUGGAUUACUGUCCAUUUUAAAAAUGACAAACAGUAUUUCAGUAGCUUUAAUGUAUACAAAUUUUUGACAUUCAUAAUGUGUUUCCCUUUAAACAUGCUAAAGUAUAAACUGUACCUCAUUAUAUUUAUGUAGUCCAAUUACUGUGAUCAUUUAUUUUGCAUGAAUUUUCUUUCCCAGUUACAAAACGUUCACAACGAAGCACACUGAGCAUAACUGAGGCUGAGUCUGAAUUUCAUGUUGAUGUAAACCUUUCUCUGCUGCUUAAAUAUAAGAGUGUUUGUUAGUGUGUGUAACAUGCUGUAGACUCAGGUGGGGUUUGCAUAACCAGCAGUGUGGAACAACAGCUUGAAGCGUGUUACUGAUGCCUUACUGCAUCCAUGGUUAUACGAAGGUAGAUCAACAGAAACGGAGGGGGAGAUCAUGGAUAAGUGUCCGUCUUUUGAUUCCUGACACAAUCAGAGAGCCUGUUAAGGAGACUGGAAUGGAUCAACGCUGCUCUUUAAAAUGCUGGAAAAUAAACCUUUAAAAACC